AUGCCUGCUCCCCCUCCGAAACCGCCACCAUCUGGUACCGGUGCAGGUGCCGCGUCGAAGGAGGAGAACAUCUACAUACCAUCCUUCAUCAGUAAGCGACCGUUCUACGCUGGUGAUGAGGGCGACGACAACGAUUAUCUCAAGCAUCAGCGCCGCGAGGAGAAGGAUGAGAAGUCUCAAUGGUACGAUCGCGGCAGGAAGGCCGGUCCAGCAGCUACCAAAUACCGAAAAGGCGCUUGCGAGAACUGCGGCUCCAUGACACACAAGAAAAAAGACUGCCUGAGCCGACCACGCGCAAAAGGUGCCAAAUGGACAGGAAGAGAUAUCCAGGCCGACGAAGUGAUCCAGGACGUCAAGAUGGGCUGGGACGCCAAACGUGACCGCUGGAAUGGCUAUGAUGCGAAGGAAUAUCGCAACGUGGUGGACGAGUUCAACCAGAUGGAGGAGCUACGCAAACAGGCCACCAAGGGAGAGGCUGGCGAUGAAGAGGCGGACGAGGGUGAUAAGUACGCGGAAGAGAACGACAUGAGCAAGCAUCAGAGCACAGCUACCCGACAGCUGCGAAUACGAGAAGAUACCGCCAAAUAUCUACUGAAUCUCGAUCUGGAAUCUGCAAAAUACGACCCAAAGACGAGAUCAUUGGUGGAUGCCGGUGCGACAGCUGACAAGGCGGCUGAUGUAUUCGCUGAAGAGGGAUUCAUGCGAUCAUCUGGCGAUGCUGGCGCUUUCGAGAACGCCCAGCGUUAUGCAUGGGAGGCUCAAGAGAAAUCUGGAGACACAAGCCAACAUUUACAGGCCAACCCAACGGCAGGAGAGUUCUACCGGAAGAAGGAAAUGGAAGAAGCCGAGGCAAAACGUGCGGAACGAGAGAAGCUUCUCGCAGACAAGUACGGUGGAGAUCAAAAGGCCAUGCCAGCUGCUUUGCGCAAUAUGGCCAUUACCGAGUCCGAGACAUUUGUUGAAUACGACGAAGCGGGCUUGAUCAAGGGUGCACCCAAGAAGGAGGCCAAGUCAAAGUACGCUGAGGAUGUCAUGAUCAACAACCACACCUCCGUAUGGGGCAGCUGGUGGUCCAACUUCAAAUGGGGCUACUCUUGCUGUCAUUCGUUCAUCAAGAACAGCUACUGUACCGGAGACGAUGGCAAGAUGGCAUGGGAAGCCGCUGAACGUCAACGAACAGGGGCUAAUCUGAUUGAGGACAAGGAAGAGGAAGCAGAAGAAGCAGUUGAGGAGGAUAAGCAGAAGGACGAAGAAGAGAAGCCACAAAAACGUACCAGAGAAGAAAUGAUGAACGGGGUGACGGAAGAGGAGAUGGAGGAGUUCAGGAAAAAGAGACGAGCGACAGAUGAUCCCAUGGCCAAGAUGCUGGGUACGGAUGAGCUUUUGACAUAG